CCACCCUGUAUUUCUGUGUCCAUUAAGCCAGCUUCUAUCCUCCUCUGCCCUCCGGACAGGACCUGCCCAUAUAGUCUCAUGUGUCUCCUUGAUCCAAGAACCCCCUCCUCACCAGUAUCAUUUUCUGUCUUAUAGUCCAGUCCAAUCCCUGUCUGAAGAGUUGGCUUCGGGAAUGGCUCCUAUCUUGGGCUAAUAGAAGGUCUGGGGACCAUGACUUCUGGGGUCAAACACGAUUUUUAUAACUGGAAAAAAAAAACAUUAUCAUUUAACAUGGAAGAAGAUGAGUUCUUUAGUGAAAAAACAUUUCAGUAUUAUUGUGUGGAAUUCAUUAAGCAUUCACAGCAGAUAAAUGAUGGUUGGGAAUGGAAAACUUCAAAGGACUGUUCUGAUGGCUACAUGUGCAAAACACAUUUUCAAAUUAAAAACGGGACUGUGGGGUCACAUCCAGGAACAUCUGCUUGUAUACAGACAUGCCUUCCUACUGAGGAGGCUUUAGAGCUGCCCCUUGAUGAUUUUGAAGUGCUCGAGACUGCAGCGGCAUCGGAAGUGAUUAAAUACGAGUAUCAUGUCUUGUAUUCCUGUAGCUACCAAGUGCCUGUGCUUUACUUCAGGGCAAGCUUUUUAGAUGGAAGACCUUUAACUCUGAAAGACAUAUGGGAACGAGUCCAUGAAUGCUACAAGACGCGGCUUCUGCAGGGACCAUGGGACACCAUUACCCAACAGGAGCAUCCAAUACUUGGGCAACCUUUUUUUGUACUCCAUCCCUGCAAGACGAAUGAAUUCAUGACUCCUAUAUUACAGAAUUCUCAAAAAAUCAAGAGGAAUGUCAACUACAUCACGUCAUGGCUGAGCAUCGUAGGGCCAGUUGUUGGGCUGAAUCUACCUUUGAGCUACGCUAACACCACCUUUCAGGGUGAACGAAAUGGUGAUUGACAAGCUCUGCAGAAGAAAAAGGCCUGGCAAUCUGCAUCCAUUAAGAUUAUAGCCAAGAAAAUCCUCUGGAGUAGUUCUCUGCACACAUGAGGUUGCCAUGGGUUGGAACUGACUCGACAGCAACUAACAACAACAACAACAAGUUAUUAAUAUGAACUUAAUCUGGAAGAAUUUUUAGUUUUGGACUGCUUGUUUCAUUUUUAAUUUGCUAGGGGCUUGAACUUGAGAAAAUUGAACUGGCUCUUCAGAGACUCUAGAUUAGUGUCUUUCAACGAAGGGUACACCUUAGAAUUACCUGGGGAGCUUUUACAACUACAAGUGCAGGGGGCCCAGGCUUGACCUUCUGAGACACUCUCUCGGGGGUGAUUCUGGAGCACACAUUCCCCUGAAGAACCUCUGGCCUGGGUGUGACCUUAUGGUUGCAUUUAUUUGUAUUGUUUAGUUUGGUUUUUCUUUCUUAUUGUAUUGUUUUGGUCUAUCAACUUUUCUAAUUCUAUGUAUAGCUAUGGAAGCUGAACUUACUUUUCAACAUUUAUCUGGGCAUUACCCCAUGACUUCUGGAUAUGAAGGAAGUUCAGUGCAUUUGUUUACAAGGUGGCCCACUUGUGCAAUACCAGUUAUGUGGAGGUGAUUAUCUAUUCGUGAAUCCAAAGGGCUAUGACAGCACCCCCAGCCCACAUUUGUAGGUUAAGGGCUGAACUUCCACAAAGGGGAUGAAGGUGUAGGAAAGGGUUAAUUCAAACGGCUGGAAAAGCCAAAAGUACAUUUUAAAAUGCCGAGCCGCACAUAUUCGUGCUGGGAUGAGAGCCUGCUUAUAUGCUUGCUGGGCAUUUUGGUAUUCACCACUUAACAUCUUUUCAACUUCUGCAAGGCAUGUUUUCCCCCACUCUCCCUAACGUAAACACAAAUUUCUCAGCAAGUCAUUUCUCAAGCCAUGUCAUUUCUGGUGUGAAAAUGAAAAAAAAAAAAAUUCAUAAUAACAUGUCAUCUGGAUGAUGUACUAGUUCUGAAAAUAUUAGUUAUCUUUUGCCAACAGAUUCUGAGAUGAUAGUCUGUCUCUUUAGGGUAAUGUUCAUUUUUUUUUUUUUUAGUCUAAAUUUUUUUGUUCUCUGGUUGGUGAAGGCUUAAAAAUUCCAUCAGUAGCAGAAAAAGCUCUGAAGAGCUGCUGUAGAUUUUGGAGACUUCUCUUCCUGGAUAGAACCAUCUCAGGUGGCUCUAUUUCUUUUCAAAACUUUUAUUCACUUAAAAAACUUUUAACUUUUGAUUGAGAAAAAUUUCCAUUUUUAAAAAUGUAAUUAUGCUAAAAUAGACUGUUAUCCAAAUAGUUAUGAAACACUAAAAAAUAAAAAAAAUUUUGUGUUGUCAAAGUAACGGUUCUUUCUUUGCAGUAUAAGGAUUUUUCCUUCUAGCUUCUUCCCAGAAAUCAACCUGGUUAAAACUGCUACAAGCCAAUCUCCUGGAACUCCACUUUUGUGUGACCGUGGAGAAACGGCUUCACUUCUUCAGUCCUCAGUUUCCUCAUCUGUAAAAUGGGGAGGUUCAGCUACGUGACUUUUGAGACCCAUUUGAGUUCUUGGGUCUGUGCAGUAGAGAGAAGUCUAGAGAUCUAGACUGAUUUUGUUUAGCUGAAUUCUGGUGGGACUUGACCUCUUGCUAGCUAUGCAACCUUUAGCCAAUUUUCUUAAUCUUUGUUUUUGUUGUUCCUUUACCAUUUCUAUGAAAUGAAACUAACAAUAUCUAUCCUCCUUACCUAAAAAGGGCAUAGAAAGUAUCAAAAUUAUAUGUAAAUCUGACUGUGUUUCAUAAACAAAACACCACCGCAUGAAGUAAAGGGCAAUUAUGGAUAGCUGAAGCUGACCACUCCUCCUGACUGGCUUUCAAGCUCCUCUGAAAUGUGGACUCCAGCAUACCUGCUUCUCCCACCUUAUUUUGUGCCUGACUCCACAAUGCAAAAUGAAAUCUCUGAUUAGGAGAGUCUUCUGUGUCCACAUCCUUAUCUGACCAUUGCUGAUGCUGGUUCCCUCCUGGAAAUGCUUCCUUCCCCUUCAAAAAUCCAGCAAACCCAUUGCCAUAGAGCCAAUUCCAACUCAUAGUAACUCUUAGGAUGGAGUAGAACUGCUCCCUAGGGCUUCCAAGGCUGUAAAUCUUUAUGGAAGCAGACUGCCACAUCUUUCUCCUGCAGAAUAGCUGGUGGGUUUGAACCACCAACCUUUUGGUUAGCAGCUGAGCAGUUAACCGCUGCACCACCAGGACUCCUUUCCUUCCCCUUACCACUAGUCAGUUCUCUCCUGUCCUCUGUGAUUCCCUCUGUCACCAAGCCAUCUCUCUGAUUGAUCUCGCCCUUCAUUCCUCAUUGUACUUAGUCAUUAUUAGCAUUUAAUUUUCUCUCUUUCAGUUUCUUCCCCUUAUUUGUGAUCAAUAGUAAGGACUUUAAGGUGAUGACCCCCAGUUUUCUAUGUUCUGUGGUGGUGAUGUGCCCACGAGCCGCUAUUUGCCCAUUGUGAGUGGACCCAGGUCUGUGGACUGGAGAGCAUGGGCCAGUUCGUGGAGGCACCUGGGAAGGAGCAGAGGCCGUGUUCAACAGUGGAUGCCAACUCACAAGCUUGAGGUUAAAGAACAAAACCUAACCUCCCCACCACUACAAGAGCUUAUUAAAAUUGAGGGGAAAAAAGAAAUUGAACCUGGGCUUUUACAUCCAUUCCUCCUAUGGUAGGUAUAAUCAUUUUUAUUCAUUCUUUCAAGAUGUGAGGAAAUGGAGAUCUGCUUUGUCAAAACCAGAGAGUUCUUACAUGAUUCAGAGCUGAUAGUCCAAUGAUUUUUUUUUUUUUUAAGGAUUAAAAUUUUGAGGGUAAGAAUAUGCAGAUAUUCACUUCAGCAAAUAUUUAUUCAGCUCCUCUUAUGUGCAGAGCCCUAGGCUAGGUGCCGGGGAUACCAAACUGAAAGACAUGACUCUGGCUCAUAAGAAUGCCAAGUCUUGUGGAGCAGACAGACAAGGAGGAGAUUCCAGACAGUAGGAUGAACGCUGGGACAGACGUGUGGAAAGCAUGAGCCAAAGAAGGCUUCACAGAGGAGGAAUGUGAGUGCAGUCUUGAAAAAUUUAGGGUUAAGCCAGGUCAAGAAUGGGAGAAAGACCUUGAUGGUAGAUAGUGGUGAAGAAUGAGGCCAACUAGCAAGACGGGGCCAGGUCUGGAAAAGCUGCUGUUGCCACACUGAGAGUUGGAUUUGGCCCCAAAACCACAAAGAAUAGCUGAGGAGAUUCAAGCAGAGUAGUUAAAGUGAUCACGCUUUCAUUUUGGGAAGAACCUGUACAUUUAAAAUGAUGACUGCGUAUAACUAAUCACGUGUACACUUUGCCAUGUUCUUUUUCACCACCAUACACUGGCCGCAGGCUUUAGGAGGAAGGAAGCUGCAGAAGGGCAUGGAGUGUGCCAAGGACACUUUCUGGUUUUUGCCUGGUGUUUGGGAUUGAAUUCUGUGACCCAAACAUAAAAAAAGUAGCUGUUGUAAAUCCUAAUCCUUAUAUUUUUAGAUGUAAUCUCAUUUGGGAAUAUGGUUUUCUUUAUCAUGUUAAUUAGGGCAUAUCAGUACAGGGUAUCUCUUAAGCCAGUCACUUUUGAGGUAUAAAAUAAGCAGAUUAGGCACAGAGAAGCCAGCAGAGAUGGAGGGCACAUGAAGAUCUCCAAGGACCUGAGGAACAAAAGCUGAAAAGAGACAAGGACCUUCUCCCAGAGGCAACAGAGAAAAAGCCUUUCUCUCUAAAGCUGGUGCCCUGAAUUUGGACUUCUAGAGUCCUAAACUAGGAGAAAAUAAAUUUCUGCUUGUUAAAGCCACACACUUGUGGCAUUUCUCUGAUAACAGCAGUAGAUAACUGAGGCACCUAGGGUAAAAAAUCCAAAACAAAAACAUGCCAGUGUCCUGAACAGCCUUUACUCUUGGCUUACUGUGUUAACCUGGAGCAAGUCACUGCACCUCUCUGAGCCUCUGUUUCCUGAUGUAUUAGUAGAAGCAAUUGUAUUAGAUCAAGUGAAUUAACUUUUUUGUUUAUAGCCAGUAUUUUCAAAAAAUGAAAUAGAAAAAUAUAAAAAUGCAUUGCAUAUAGUAAGGGUAUGGUUGGCUUGUGAACUUUGGUUUCAACUAUGUGUACGUACGUUUGUAUCUGUGAACGUGUGUGUGCAUGUGUGUCCUGGGUCAUCUUGUAUAAUGUGUGUCUAGCUCCAGAGGGAUAGUCAGAGAUUUGAAAAUUAAUAGACAAAUAAUCUCCCUUCCAAUUCUAAGACCCUCUGAUUUCACCCUUUUGCUGGUUGACCUGUAAGCUGCUGAAGGCUGUUCUAGGAGCAUACAGAAAGUACUUAACUAUUAUUGUGCCCAUGGCCCUAGGCUACUUGAAUGUGUACAUAGGUCUCCUCAGCUACUCAACGGAAAUUUUAUAGGGUUUAUCUAUAAAAGUGCUUUCACGUUUCUAUUUUUACAUUUGGUAGUGUUUUUCAAGUAGUUCUAGAAUGUAAAGCCCUUGUGUUCAUUUAAUUUUUGUGUUGUCAAUAGCAACACCUAGUGGUAAAAAAGCCCUGUUGCAAGUAUCCUGAAUUCUAGGGAUAUUUAGAGAUCACCAAGUCUUAUUUUGCAAAUUAUUGAAAAAAAAAAGAAAAACGUGAAAACUCACUUGUUCCUACAUCCAAAUCAAAUAUAACCCCAUGCCACCGAGUUGAUUCUGACUCAUAGCAACUCUAUAGGACAGAGUAGAACUGCCAAGUAGGGUUUCCUAGGAGCUGGUGGAUUUGAACUGAUGACUUUUGGUUAGCAGCUGGGCUCUUAGCCACUGCGCCACCAGGGCUCCAAAUCAGAUAUACAUAAGAAUAAAUAAAGCCUAUGACUGCAUAAUCAUUUCUUGGA